AGUUCCAUGUUAACUAAACAUAAACGAUAGAUGUUUUUGUGCUAAGUGAAAGUUCUGUGCAAUUAUCAGAAAUGUGAAGAGACUGAAAUAAUUGCCUUAGAUAACUACAGUAAAGGACUGUAAGUCAGUGAGAGAACCUCGCUGGUUAAAGAACAUUAUCUAUAAUCAUGGGAUCCAGUGAAAGCAAGGUUGCUGUGGCCUCAACACCCAAACCUGACCCCUGCCAGCGCAUGAGACACAACCGUGUCGCACAGUUAAUUGACCCACGGUCUCCUUCUGUAGAAAUUAACCGCACACCCAUUCAGGUGGGCGGCGCUGUCUCCCUGGAGACUGGGUGUCCCGUUCUAGCCACUGACCCACGGUCACCCUCUGUUGACAUCACCCGUACCCCCAUGAAGGAUUCCAUGAGGGCAACAGUUGGCUCUUUCGCCCGUCGCCUCGGCAUGCUCCUCAACAGUGACUACGUAGAAAUAGCCGGCCCCGCGUCUUCCCUGAAGUGUCCGAACCUCGACGUGGAGGACGAGGCAGUGGUAGUGGGGGAGCUGGGCUCCAGCCAGCCCCUUCUUUCCCCUCAGCCAUCACAGGUCUCUGAUGUGACCCUGUCCCCCCCGACCCUGCCCUCACCUCAGAAGGUGAGCGAGGAGAUGUGCCUCACCCAGAGCCCCUUCCUCCUGCUGGGGGAGACCCAGGUGGAAGUGGAGGCCGACCACUCCGUGGAGGAGGCGGAGGAAGCCAAGGAGUCUCCCCUGCACAAGCAGCUGAGCAUGAGUUUGAUCACUUGCCACAACGCUCCCUACCAAAUCUAUGCCGAGGUUCACCAGGACAGCCCGGUGUCCCCCGUCCCAGAUGAUGGUGCCCCCGCCGACCUCUGCAAGGAAGAACCUGACCACUCUUAUGCCGUUCCCUCCGAGCCAGCCCAACCUCUGCCCCCUACGCCUAAAUCGUCCGGUCUUGCCGUUACAGAGGUGACAGAAGACCCCUCUGCCCCACAGGCGCCCCCCAAGGAGAAGGCGGAGGUUAUGGAGCCGGUGGCGCUGGCCACACAGGACUCUCCCGUUAAACCGUUGUCUGCGGGGUCGAGUCCAUGCGCGGGACCGCCCCUUCCCCAAACCACAGGGAUCCGCUGCCCCAAGUUCGACACCAAGAGCCCCAGUCAGGUGGUGUUCAAACCCCAGUGGCUCGGCAAGGGCUUCGGCGUCACCGGGGUGAGGGCCAAAGGGCGCGGAGGCAGGGGGCCGGCGUCGUCCUCCUCGCCUCUUGCCGUUCGCGUUGGAACCAAAAACAUCGGCAACGAGAACCCGGGGCAGUCGGUCAAACCGAAGCAGAGAGGCAAGGCUGUCUUGGCUGAAGGCCGCUCCCCUCUGCAGAUCCUCAAGGAAACCAAUUCCCCCAGAGACCAGACUACGCAGAUGAAGCUGAAGGUGUCCACUCCAGACAGAAAGAGGUUGGGUCAGAUGGACCGACGAGUCUUAACAAUAUCCGUGGACAAAGAGAAUCGAUAGAUGGAUCUUUCAGAUGGACAUGCACAAACACUAACUGACCAGUGUACAGACUCCUGAAAAUCUUUUUAAACUGUACAGACUUUUUAAACUGCCUUUUCUCAAACUGCUUAUUAUCUUUCAUUGUCUUAUGUUCGUUGUCUGACUGUCAGCAUUUUAUAAAUGUCACUUGUUUUUGUUAUCCAAUUGUAUGUAAAAUAUUUGAAUAAAUGUAAUUUGCUUUUCA